AUGUUAGAAGGUGCAAAAUCAAUGGGUGCCGGAGCUGCUACAAUUGCUUCAGCGGGAGCUGCUGUCGGUAUUGGAAACGUCUUCAGUUCUUUGAUCCAUUCCGUGGCGCGAAAUCCAUCAUUGGCUAAACAAUCAUUUGGUUAUGCAAUUUUGGGCUUUGCUCUAACCGAAGCUAUUGCAUUGUUUGCUCUAAUGAUGGCCUUUUUGAUCUCAUUCGUAUUCCGAUCGAAAAGGUUUCAGUCUCACAUCUUGAACAUCAGAAAGCCGUCCCUCUUCCUAUGGUCGAGCUACUUCCGUCCCUCAUCUGGAGCUUUUUCUUUCUCCAUAUUCACCUGUGUCCUUAUGAAAUGAGCUUCGAUCAUUCUUUGACUUUAUUCAUUGAUUCAGUCGAGACCUCUGGAACUCGUCCGGAGUCAUUUCAUUGUCCUUAUCAAUUUCAACUCCUACUCCGCCUCUAUCUGAAUUGGUUCUACGUAGCUUAAUUAGUCCGAAGGACAGGUGAAUAUGGAUUUCAGACUCCUUCUACGCGGUCCGAAGGCUCAAAGAAUUUGAGAAAAAGAAAGUCACUAGAAUGAAACUAAAGAGGACGCUCGACUGAAAGGAGUCCAAGAUUCAAGCUUCAUCAAUGAACAAGGGCUCGACUGAAAGGAGAGAAGGAGGCUCAAUGAAAUAUGAGUUCGUUCGUCAUUCCACUAGAAAAAAAAGGAUUCCACAUUCAAGAGGACCGGACAAUAGCCUGAGUCGAGUAAUGGGAAGCGGGCUAGUCCCCGAAAAUGCUCGUUCCUCUGACGUUGGGGCUUACAA